AUGGCAUCGAGAGACUUCGAGCCCCUUGGUGUUAUGGCCUUCGAGGGAACUACUGACCUCGCAGAAGUGAAGGUAUGGUUGGACCGAAUAGGGAAAUGUUUCAAUGUGAUGAACUAUCCGGAAGACCGUAAAUUCGGGUUAGUUGUGUUUCUAUUGCAAAAAGGAGCAAAAAAAUGGUGGAAGAUGGUAUCUGCUAGGCAGAAUAGCUCAAUUGCUUUGUUGUGGCCUGAAUUUAGGAAGGCUUACAAGGACAAGUAUUACCCUAGCUCUUUUCGAGAAGCAAAAAGAGAUGAGUUCUUUAGGUUGGUGCAAGGAACUUUAACAGUUGCUAAGUAUGAACAGAAAUUCAUGAAACUAUCUCAGUAUGCUCUUCCCAUUAUAGCGAAAGAAAAAUACCAAUGUAAAAGGUUCGAGAAUGGUUUGAGAAAGAAGAUUAGAACUCUAGUAACUUCUAUAGCCAACUGA